AUGGAGACAGAAGAAUCACCUGGAAGCUCCCAGGUCACUACCCUGGAGUAUGCAACACAGCAGAAGCAAGAGAGACCCUGCCUCAAUGAAGUAGAAGGCCAGAACCAACUCCUAAAAGUGGUUUCUGACCUCCACCCAUCCCAGCCAGCCCCCAUUGCCUGUUGCCUGCACGGCCACACCGUGGAUCACCUUGACAAAGCGGCGCUGAACGUGCUGCAGCCACUGGAGUUCAGGAAUGAAAGCUCAUUGGCGUCAACCCUAAAGACUGUCCUGUUCUUCACAGCUUUAAUGAUCACCGUUCCUAUUGGGCUAUAUUUUACAACGAAAUCUUACGUAUUCAGAGGUGCCCUGGGAAUGUCCAACAGAGACAGCUGUUUUUAUGCCGCAAUCGUAGCAGUUGUGGUUCCUGUCGUUCUCGCCCUGUUUGUCUAUGUGGCCUGGAAUGAAGGCUCACAACAGUGGCGUGAAGGCAAACAGGAUGAAAGUGAACCUCACCUUUUGAUAGCAUGACUUUAUUUUUAAAUAAGUACUUCUGGGGGAUUGUUAAUAAUUUUAUUUUAUUUGAAUAAAAUGAAAGAACAUUAAAAUCAUUCAGGGAGUCAGUCACAUUUGACUAAACUUUGGCCCACUUAAUUAAUUUUAACUUUGAA